GGCGAGUCACUUUUUUGUUCUUCCCGACCGAUCCCUCCUCCUUCGCUCGACCGAACUUUACCGCCCUCCCACCCUUCCGAACAAAACAAAAAAUAUCGCCCACGAUGGAGGAUGUUCUCAACGCCGUCUCGGCCGACGGCUCGUCGAUCAUGCCCCGCCUUGCGCCAAACCUGAGCCGACAUUUGCUCUUCCCUCUGAUUCAGUUCGAGAGCGAGAGGGCUGAGGAGCAGGGUCUGGAUGCCAAGGCCAAGGAGCUUCUUUCCGGAAAGAUCAAGCUCUUGGAGGACACAAACAUGACCGAUUACGUCGCGACUCUCUACUGCGAGCUCCACGGUGUCGAGAAUGCUCCCGAGGAGUACAACAAGAAGAGACAGGAAGUUCUUUCACAGUUGGAGAACUACGAGCAAGCCACCGCCAAGAUCGCAGACCUCUUGACCCAGGAUGAGGUCGUCAACGGUCUCCGAAGUGACAAGGUUGCCAACUUGGAGUUCCUUAAGAACCAGCACGGAGUCACCAUGGAAAUGGUCAACGCUCUCUACGACUUUGGUCAGUUCCAGUUCCGAUGCGGUCAGUACGGUCCCGCCGCCGAUAUGCUCUACCAGUUCCGAGUUCUCUCCACCGAUAACGACAAGGUCUCUGCUGCCACCUGGGGUAAGCUGGCCUCCGAGAUCCUCCAGACCAACUGGGAGUCCGCUGUCGACGAGCUCAAGAACGUGCGAGAAAACAUCGACUCCAAGCUCUUCAACAACCCCCGUGCUCAGCUCGACCACCGAACAAUGCUUCUCCACUGGUCUCUCUUCCCUCUGUUCAACUGGGAGGGUGCCCGUGAACCCAUUCUGGAGAUGUUCUUCUCCGCUCCUUUCAUCAACACUAUCCAGACCUCUUGCCCCUGGAUCCUGCGAUACCUGAUCGCUGCUGUUAUCACCGGCCGUGGUCGCGCUCGCAACAGCUCCAUCCAACAAAAGCAGAUCAAGGACAUCAUCCGCUACGUCCGCCAAGAGGCCUACGAGUACACCGACCCCAUCACCCAGUUCGUCAACGCUCUCUACAUCGCCCACGACUUCGAGGCUGCCCGUGAGGCCCUUUCCAUGGCCGCUGAGGUCUGCCGAAGCGACUUCUUCCUUGCCUCUUCUGCCGAUGCCUUUGUCGAUGCCGCCCGACACCUCAUCUGCGAGAGCUACUGCAAGAUCUUCAGCCGAAUGAACAUCCGCGACCUCAGUGCCAAGCUCGGCUUGAACCCCGACGAUGGCGAGAAGUGGAUCGUCAACCUGAUCCGCGAGACUCGAUUGGAUGCCAAGAUCGACAGCCAGGACGGCACCGUGAUCAUGAACCACCCUCCCAACAACGUCUACCAGCAGGUCAUUGAGAAGACUAAGGGUGGCUUCUUCAGGACACAGGUUCUCAACGCUGCUGUUUCAAAGUAAACAGCAUGAAAAGUUGAAAGUAGGCUUUUUUUAUUUGUGUUUUUUGCAAUGACUCAAAUGGGGCAACGCAAUCCAAAGAGAGGGACACAAGAGACCUCUUCGCCGGAAGAUGACACCCUCCGCUGCUUGAAGGGGGGAUCAAGAUACAGCCUCUCUGUUUUAAAAGGGGGGCCGAUCCGUUUGAAAGAUGGGCAGGAUAUAGCAAAAGCAUAAGACGGAGGGAGGAAGUGAUAGAGCAGCGAGACAAGAUGAAAACACGGGCCAAAUGGAAGAAGCGGCGGUUUUAGAGGCCCUGUAUAUCCCCGGUGAUGCGGUUUGCAUUGCAUGGCGUUCUCGGAAAAGGGAAGAGGCAAAGGGGGAUAAUGGAAUUUA